GGACGACGAGGGACGAGGGACGAGGGACGAGUCACUCUUGCUCGCCAGGCUCAUCGACGACGACGAAGAAGGACGACGAAGGAAGGAGGGCGACGAGGAGGAGGAGGAGGAGGAGGGUUUUAGAGGGAUAGGCAGGCACGCAGGCGGGGAUUCGCACAGGACGGCGUGCGGGAUUGCAAUUCCAAUUUGUCGCCCAUGUCCGCGGUGAGGAUGCCCGUCGCGAUGCCGGGCGCGGCCUGUGGCAGCUCCGCGAGGCCGGCGCUGUUGGGCUCGAGCGGGCUGAGUGUCGAGCGCGGGCUCAUUUCGUUCCGGCCGAAGAGCUGUGGCAGGCGGUCCGGGAGCGUGCGAAUUCGAGGCCGGAGGUCGAGAAUUGCCUGCUCUGUCUCGGACGGCGAGGUUUCCAAGAGCGCGGGCGCGCCGAAAGGAAGCGUUUUCGGACAGGAGCAGGAUUUUGGCGUUCCCCAUAGCUUGGUGAAGGAUUUGCCCGCCGCCUCGCGAUAUGUCGCGUGCACUGUGAUUGUCGCCGGUGCCCUGGCUGCUGGUUAUGCCGUCGGCGCCCGCACCAAGGGCACCACUUUGGCCAGCGUCGGUGGAGCUGUGGCCCUAGGCACCCUCGGGGGAGCCACGGCCUACGCUCUGAAUGCCUCGGCUCCUCAUGUUGCCGCUGUGGAACUGCACAAUUUUCUCGUCAACCACCCUGAUCCCGAGUCCUUGAAGCGCGAGGAGGUCGAUGCCAUCGCGAAAAAGUUUGGAGUGAACACAAACGACGAGCGCUUCAUUUCGGAGUUGCGGGACUUGUACGAUCGUUACAUCACAGAUAUCAUUCCACCUGGUAAUGAGGAUCUAAGAGGAGAUGAGGCGGAUCAUAUUAUCCGGUUUAAGAGUGCCUUGGGUCUCGAGGACCCUGAAGCUGCAACCGUGCACAUCGAGAUUGGGAGGCGAAUAUUUAGACAACGUAUGGAGACCGGUGACAGAGAACAAGCUGUCGAAGAAAGAAGAACUUUUCAAAAGCUGGUGUACGUUUCUGCCCUGGUAUUUGGAGAAGCUUCCAAGUUCCUUCUCCCUUGGAAGCGUGUGUUUAAAGUAACGGACUCACAGGUAGAGGUGGCGGUCAGAGAUAAUGCUCAACGUUUGUUCCAGAAAAAACUCGAUGUUCUGGGAGGGAGUGUCGACGCCGGAGAAAUCGCUGAGCUUAGAAGGGCACAGCUCAAGGCCAAACUCACCGAUGAGGUUGCUGCUGAGCUUUUUAGAGACCACACCAGAAAACAAUUGGAGGUCUACAUUGGUCAAGCUUUGGAAGUGCUAAAAUCUCGAUCACGAAUCAAGGAUACUGGGAAGAUUAUUUCCACUUUGGACGAGAUGCUCGCAUACAACGCUGCCUUGGCUGCGCUUUCUUCUCAGUCCGACAAAUCAUCUCUUUGUCCUGGCGUGGGCCCCGCGUCUAUUCUGGGUGGGCAGUUCGAAACAGAUAGAUUGAUGGAUGAUUUGAAACAGCUAUAUCGCACGUACUUGACUGAGUCCUUUUCUGGCGGUUCGUUGGCUCCGGAAAAGGUGGAAGCCCUUAGCCAUCUCAAGAAUGUAUUUGGUAUGGGUAAUCGCGAAGCAGAGGAUAUCUUGCUCGAGGUAACUGUCAAGGUGUACCGUCGCAAACUGGCUCAAGCAGUUAGCGGUGGAGAAUUGGACGCCGCACCAAGCAAAGCUGCCUUUCUUCAACGGCUUUGCGAGGAGCUCCAGUUUGAUCCUAGAAAAGCUGGUGAAGUUCACGAAGAAAUCUAUAAGCAAAAGCUGGAGCAGUGUCUGGCUGAUGGGUCUCUAAGUGAUGCGGAUGUAGCAUCCCUGUUACGUCUGCGCGUGUUACUGUGCAUUCAGCAGCAGACAGUAGAUGCGGCUCACGAAGCUAUUUGUGGACGCCUCUUCACGAAGAUUGUGGAUGAUGCCAUUGGAGCAGGUGUCGAUGGUUACGAUGCGGACAUGAAGAACGCUGUGCGAAGUGGCGUCACUGGCUUACGCCUUACACAAGAGUCGGCCAUGGCAAUAGCAAGCAAAGCGAUUCGCGCAGUCUUCAAAACCUACGUGAAGAGAUCAAAGACAGCUGGCAACCGAGUGGAGCAGGCAAGAGAGCUGAAGAAGAUGGUAAUCUUUAGCAAUCUUGUCGUGUCUGAGUUGAUUGCGGACAUCAGAGGGGACUCUCCGGUUGAGGCUCCAAAGGAAGAGCCAAAGCCGACCCCAGAGGAUGAUCUGGAUGAGUUGGAAAUGCUCCAGACCCUGAAAAAGACAAAGCCCGAUGCAGAACUGGAAGCGCGGAUGGGUAACAAGUCUCAAAGUGAGAUUACUCUGAAGGAUGACCUUGAACUCAGGGAGAGAUCUGAUCUAUAUCGCACAUAUUUGUUGUAUUGUCUAUCUGGGGAGACCACCGGCAUGCCCAUGGGUACACAGAUUGUUACGCAGCGUGACAGCAGUGAGUUCGUGAGGCUUGGCCAGUUGGGUACCAUUUUAGGACUCUCUCAAAUGGAGGUCGCAGAAGUACACAAAGGCUUGGCAGAGCAAGCGUUUAAGCAACAAGCCCAGGUUAUCCUGGCUGAUGGCCAGCUUAACAAGGGUCGGAUGGAACAACUCACUGAGUUGCAGAAACAACUUGGUUUGCCUGCAGAAUCUGCACAAAAAGUUAUAAAGACUAUCACUAGCACAAGAAUGGCCGGGGCUAUCGAAUCUGCAGUUAAUCAAGGUAGACUGACUGUUGAAGAGGUCAAGGAACUGAAAGAAGCAGGAGUUGACGUGGACAACAUGAUCUCCAAGGACGUACGUGAGAAGUUAUUUAAAAAGAUAGUGGAUGGCGUGUUUUCAGCUGGUACUGGGGACUUUACCGAGUCAGAUAUUUAUGAGAAGUUUCCUGCCGAGCUAAACUUGGACACAGUGAAGGCCAAGAAGAUAGUGGAAACUCUUGCUAAAGAGCGGCUGACAAACUCUUUAAUUCAGGCAGUAUCUCUGCUGCGACAGAAGAACCCGUCUGGAUCGGUUGCUUCACUGAAUAAUCUUCUGGCGUGUGAUAAAGCCGUACCGUCACCCCCUUUGAAAUGGGCGGUGCAAGAAGAGCUUCUAGAUUUGUUCUGUCUUUAUGUAAAAGAUGAGAAAGCCUCUGACGAGAAGGCCGGACGCCUUCAAGAAUUACUUGGUAUAGACGACGCCACUGCUCAAAAGUUGAAAGAGGAAGUGCAAGAAGGUGGCUUUUCAUCGUUCGGAGUAGAGGAGGAAGAGUAUGCGUUCUAGUAUAGUUUUUGCAUUCAAAGGGACUGUAGAGUAGCGAGCAUUAUUUGAGUCAUAUAGAUGCCGUCGAUCUUGGCCUUCACAUAUGAUUUGGUCUUACGGUGGACUUCUUAUUCAUAUCUUCGGAAGUCAGCCAUCUCAACAAAGAGAGCAGGGCUUUGAUCAAUUAAGACUAGAAAUUACUGCAGGUUCAUAGGUAGCUCUUGCUCACCUCCUUGGUAAUUUCGGAGGCGGAUGACGACUCCCACGGAGAGGCCAGGGGUGUAGAAACAGAAGCUGUGAAGGCUGUGUUGUACAAUUUUACCUAAAGUGAGAAGAAUAUGCUGAAAGCGGGAAAUCAAGAGGCCUCCACAGCAUUGACAGAUAGUCCCUAUGAGCUUUUCGAUGUAUGUGUAUUCAAAAUCUAUUCACGGAUGUUAUAAACUUGCGUGUCUCAUCUUGGAGGAGACCCGG